AUGAAUCAUGAUUGUUAUGUUUCUACCAAUGAACUCGUCUACACAAGAAAAGCCUUCGCCUUUAAAGUGUUACAGGGAAUUCAACUUGAAUUCUUGAAGAGUUCUGGAGACUCUCAAAGGCGUAAAAAGAUCUCCUUGUUUUCAUAUAUUGCCGUUAAAAGAUUAGCAAAUGCUUCAAAUUGCUUGUUGAAUGAAUGA